GCGCCGCGCUGCGCCCCUCCAUUGUCCGCCGUCGCCGCCGCCGCCGCCGCCGCCGCGCUCCGUCCGCCCGCAGCCGCCGCCGCCGCGGCGCGGCCCCGCGCUGCCCGCCGGGUCCGCUCGGAGCAGGGAGGAAGGGCCGUACCUCCAGCCCUCCGUAUCCAUCCGUGAUGGGCUCCUCCGUUCCAAACCGACCCCUGGGUGCACACCCAUGGCCUCGGCUCUCUCGUUAGGUCCUUAACGAGCUCUCCAAGCCCUUCACCUUCGCCUUUCCCCUCCGCCCAGGUGGCCGGCGGUGCAGCAUGCCUUUCUCCUGAGCCCUGAGCGCGGUUAGGAUCCCGGAGCGAUGUCCGCCACGCGCGGCAAUGGAGAGCACUGGAAGUCCCUGGAGUCGGUGGGUAUCAGCCGCAAGGAGCUGGCGCUGGCCGAGGCCCUGCAGAUGGAGUACGACGCUCUGUCGCGCCUGCGGCAGGACAAGGAGGAGAGCCGGGCCAAGCAGCGUGCCGAGCCGCCCCUCAUCUCCUGGGAUGAGCCCGAAAACACCCAUGGGUGCACCGGGAUCAAAGCGACGCGCGGCCUGUCCGGCUCCGACCCUGCGCUCUGCAAUAACGCCCUGCCCGAGGGGCUGACGCCGGGCCUCCCCGUGCCCCCACCGCGGCCCAACGCUGCACCCGCCGGCACAGAGGGUCCAGCCUGGCUGAAGACCCCGCUGGCCGGGGACUACCUCUACAUCUUCGACGGCUCCGAAGGGGACUUCCUCGGGGAGCCCCUCAAUGGCACUUCAGCUCUCGACAGCGAUGGGGGGUCCCCCAAAAAGCUCUCCCCGCCGCCACUGCCCCCCCGGCACUCCGUGCGGAGCCACCCCGAAGGCAGCCGGCGCCUGGGGAAGGGAUCCCCGCCGUCCUCCAAAGGAUCCCAGCCCAGGGACGUUAACGUGUUCUCAGCCCAUGAGCAGCCCCGUGGCAAGCUGCUCGCCCGCCGCAUCUCCGAGGAGGAUCCCUACGGCCUGGCCGACUAUGAGGGCAUCAACGAUGCCAUCACCUGCCUCAACCUCAAGUCCACCUAUGAGUCCCAGGUGCUGCGGGAAGCCGCCCGCGGCUGGAAGGAGGGCAGGAGCAUCUUUGAGAAGGAGUCGAGCGGUAAACCGGUGGCACGGAGCAAAACUAUGCCCCCCCAGGUCCCCCCACGGACCUACGUGUCCCGGUUCGGCAACAGGAAGAAUGUGGCACCCAACAAGAACCGCAGGAUCUCUGCCGACCCGGUCCCCCCCAGGCCACGCUCCUUAGCCAAUGGCUAUGAGCUCUUUGAGGUGUCAGAGGAGAGGGACGAGGAGGUGGCUGCUUUCUGCCAUAUGCUGGAUGUGCUGCGGUCCAGCUCCAGCCCCCAGGACUAUUCCCUGACCGGCUUCGUGUGGAGCGCCGUCAACCUCAGCCCCGAGCACCUGGGACAUGGCAUCAGCCUGAAGGUGACAGUGCUGUGUGACAGCCUGCGGGAGCCCCUCACCUUUACCUGCGACUGCUCCUCCACCGUGGAUCUGCUCAUCUACCAGACCCUGUGCUACACGCACGACGAGCUGCACACCGUUGAUGUUGAGGAUUUUGUGCUCAAGCUGUGUGGCUUGGAGGAAUUCUUGCAAAACAAGCACGCUCUGGGGAGCCAUGAGUACAUCCAGCACUGCAGGAAAUUUGACAUCGACAUCCGCCUGCAGCUGAUGAGGAGGAAGGCGGUGCGCAGCGACCUGGCCAGGACGGCCAGCGAUGACCAGAGCCCCUCCACCCUCAACCACUACAUCCACCUGCAGGAGAGGCCUAUCAAGCAGACCAUCAGCAGACAGGCUCUGAGUCUCCUCUUCGACACCUUCCACAACGAGGUGGAUACAUUCCUGGCAGCUGAGGGAGACUUCCCACUGAAGGCAGAGCGGGUGAUCCAGUCGGUCAUGGCCAUCUGCAACGCCUUGGCUGCCGUUGAGUCGCAAGAAAUCACAACAGCCCUCAACCAGAUGCCCCCCUGCCCCUCCCGCAUGCAACCCAAAAUCCAGAAGGAUCCAAAUGUUCUGGCCAAGAGGGAAAAUCGAGAGAGGAUCGUGGAGAGCCUGACGGCCGCCAUCCUGGACCUGGUGGGGCUGUACUGCAGCACCUUCAAUGCUGACUUCCAGACAGCUGUGCAAUGGAGCCGGGAGCACGGCGUGGUGCAGGAGGCUCGCCUGCUCUCCUGCCCACUCUCCUUCACCGUUUACGCCACACACCGCAUCCCCAUCACCUGGGCUGCCAGCUAUGAAGAUUUCUACCUCUCUUGCUCCAUCACGCACGGUGGUAAGGAGCUGUGCAGCCCCCUGCACACCAGAAAGGCCCACGUCUACAAGUACCUUUUCCACCUCAUCAUAUGGGACCAGCAGAUCUGCUUCCCCGUCCAGGUGAACCGACUGCCGCGGGAGACGCUGCUCAGCGUCACGCUCUUCGCCGUGCCCGUCCCCCCCCCGGGGAGCUCCUCCGACACCAACAAGCAGCGGCGGGUCCCUGAGGCUCUGGGCUGGGUCACCACUCCGCUCUUCAACUUCAGGCAGGUCCUGACCUGCGGGAGAAAGCUUUUGGGCUUGUGGCCGGCGACCCAGGACAACUCCAGAGCCAGAUCGAGUGCCCCCAACUUCAACCAGCCCGACAGCGUCAUCCUGCAGAUCGAUUUCCCCACCUCUGCCUUUGACGUGAAGUUUGUGAGCCCGCUGGCGGCCGACGUGAGCCCCAAGUACGAAUUUGGCAGCCUGGGUGAGGAGGACCAGCGCAGGCUGCGGGAGGCGAUGCAGAAGAAAUCGCUCUAUUGGUUGACAGAUGCAGACCGCAAACGGCUGUGGGAGAAGCGCUACUACUGCCACGCGGCACCCGGCUCGCUGCCCAUGCUGCUGGCCAGUGCACCCAGCUGGGAGUGGGCCUGCCUGCCUGACAUCUACGCCCUGCUGAGCCAGUGGACCUACAUGAGCCACCAGGAUGCCCUGGGGCUCCUUCAUGCCACGUUCCCAGACCAGGAGGUGAGGAGGACGGCCGUGCAGUGGAUCGACUCCAUCUCUGACACGGAGCUGCUGGACUACCUGCCCCAGCUGGUCCAGGCCUUGAAGUAUGAGUGCUACCUGGACAGCCCACUGGUGCGCUUCCUCAUGAAGCGAGCAAUCUGCGACCUGAAAAUCACCCACUAUUUCUUCUGGCUGCUGAAGGAUGGCCUGAAGGACUCCCAGUUCAGCAUCCGCUACCAGUACCUGUUGGCAGCUCUGCUGUGCUGCUGUGGGAAGGGGCUGCGGGAGGAGUUUGACCGGCAGUGCCUGCUGGUCAACACGUUGGCCAGGCUGGCCCAGCAAGUGAGGGACGCCGCGCCAUCCGCACGCCAGGGCAUCCUGCGUGAGGGGCUGGAGGAGGUGAAGCAGUUCUUCAAGGCUAACGGGUCGUGCCGACUGCCGCUCAGCCCCAGCCUGCUGGUGAAGGGGAUCGUGCCCCGGGACUGCUCCUAUUUCAACUCCAACGCCGUCCCCCUGAAGCUCUCCUUCCAGAACGUUGAUCCCCUGGGAGAAAAUAUCCGGGUCAUCUUCAAGUGUGGCGAUGAUCUGCGGCAGGACAUGCUGACACUGCAGAUGAUUCGGAUCAUGAACAAAAUCUGGGUGCAGGAGGGGCUGGAUAUGCGCAUGGUCAUCUUCCGCUGCUUCUCCACGGGCCGUGGACGAGGCAUGGUGGAGAUGAUCCCCAACGCCGAGACCCUGCGUAAAAUCCAGGUGGAACACGGCGUGACGGGCUCCUUUAAGGACAGGCCACUGGCCGACUGGCUGCAGAAACACAACCCCGAGGAGGAUGAAUAUGAGAAGGCUGUGGAGAACUUCAUCUACUCCUGCGCUGGCUGCUGCGUGGCCACCUAUGUGCUGGGGAUCUGCGACCGGCACAACGACAACAUCAUGCUCAAGACCACUGGCCACAUGUUUCACAUCGAUUUCGGCAGGUUCCUGGGCCACGCUCAGAUGUUUGGCAACAUCAAGAGGGACCGGGCGCCGUUUGUCUUCACCUCAGACAUGGCAUACGUCAUCAAUGGGGGGGACAAACCCUCCAGCCGCUUCCAUGACUUCGUCGACCUGUGCUGCCAGGCUUACAACCUGAUCCGCAAGCACACCCACCUCUUCCUCAACCUGCUGGGGCUGAUGCUGUCCUGUGGCAUCCCUGAACUUUCCGACCUGGAGGACCUCAAAUAUGUCUACGAUGCACUAAGGCCGCAGGACACCGAUGCUGAUGCCACCACCUACUUCACCAGGUUGAUCGAGUCCAGCUUGGGCAGCGUGGCCACCAAGCUCAACUUCUUCAUCCACAACCUGGCGCAGAUGAAGUUCACGGGCUCUGAUGCCCGCCCAACCCUCUCCUUUGCCCCUCGCACACACACCAUCAAGACGUCCGGCCGGAUCUGUGAUGUCUUCCUCUGCCGCCAUGAGAGGGUCUUCAACCCCAGCAAGGGCUACACCUACGUGGUGAAGGUGAAACGGGAGAGCCCGAGCGAGGUGACCUUUGUGCAGCGCACCUUUGAGGAGUUCCAGGAGUUGCACAACAAGCUGCGCCUGCUCUUCCCCUCCUCGCUGCUGCCCAGCUUCCCCAGCAGGUUCAUUAUCGGCCGGUCACGAGGAGAGGCGGUGGCUGAAAGGAGGAAAGAAGAACUCAAUGGUUACAUCUGGCACCUCAUCCAUGCUGCCCCCGAGGUGGCCGAGUGUGACCUCAUCUACACCUUUUUCCACCCGCUGCCCAGGGAUGAGAAAGCAGCCAGCACCAACCCGGCCCCAAAGCCGGCAGACACCACGUGGGCUCGUCCCCUGGGGAAGGUCGGCGGGGAGGUGAAGCUCUCCAUCUCCUACAAGAACAACAAGCUCUUCAUCAUGGUGAUGCACAUCCGGGGGCUGCAGCCCCUCCAGGAUGGCAAUGACCCUGACCCCUACGUCAAGACCUACCUGCUGCCUGACCCCCAGAAAACCACUAAGAGGAAAACCAAAGUGGCCCGGAAAACCUGCAACCCUACCUACAAUGAGAUGCUGGUCUACGAUGGGGUGCCUCGGGGUGACCUGCAGCAACGGGAGCUGCGGCUGAGCGUGCUGAGCGAGGAAGGCUUCUGGGAGAACAUCCUCCUUGGGGAGGUCGGCAUCCGCCUGCGGGACCUCGACCUGGCACAGGAGAAGAUGGGCUGGUUCGCCCUCGGAUCCCGCGGCCACGGCACGCUCUGAGCUCCAGGAAUGGGCACCGGUGCCAGGAGGUGCCCAGAGGGACCGGGAGCUGCCGAUAGACAUCUUCUUUCUUAAGUUUACCUUGUGUCAAGGGAGCAAUGCUGGGGGGAGCAGGGGGGGGGGUGGGGAGGAGUGUCAGGGCAAUUCGGGGGGGGGGAGGGGGGGGGAGGGGUGGUUAUUUCUUCCUUUGGGAUAUCUGUAUUUUAAUUUUUUUAAUGACAACCUGUAGCGCACGGCCGGGCGCCGGGGCGGUGGUAUCGCCAAGCUUGGUUUGGGGACGUCCGUCCCCCACUUUGAUGCCAGCGGGGCCGUUCCCAACGCAGGGGAUUUGCUCCCAAAGGAGAGCAGCACGGCGGGAUCCCAUCCCUUAAUGGGGGACCCCCGCCGACACCCCCGCGGCCACCUCCUUUCCUUCCCCCCCCGCCUGGCCCUGCGCUGGGGUGCAGGCUUGGUGCCUGCGGUGCUUUGUUUACAGCGAGAGCUCCGUAAACGGACGAAAUUGUUUCUCAGGAUCGAGAAUAAUGAACUUAAACUUUAUAUUAAAAGUUGUAAAGACUGUAUCGAGAGGGAGAGGGCCUGGGGGAGGUGGUAUGGGGUACACCCCCCCCCCCUCCCCUCCCCCAAAAGGGACCCUCCUGGCUGUAGCAGGGCAGAGUGAAAAUAAAGCGAUGAAGUGCA